GAAAUAAUUUGCCCAUUUGUUUGGUUAAAUAAUUUAGUUUAUUCAGACAUUAGACAUUGAAGAGUAAUUAUGAAUUUAAAUUUGUAUUUUGUUGUUACUUUUACAUUUUUGUUGACCAAUUCAUUUGCUGAUUUGGUACCAGAAUUAGCCGAUGAACAUAGAACGCCUUGUCAACUAAUUGAGUCUCGUAAUUUCAUUUGUGAUGAACAAUCCAUUAUAACUGAUGAUGGUUACAUACUGACAGUUCACCAUAUAAUUAAUCCAGUUUAUAAGGCAAACAAUAAGUCAACAAUCAGACCAGUAGUCAUUGCACACUGUCUCUUUGGUGCAUCACCAGUUUGGCUUAUCAACUCUGAAAAUGGCUUUGCCGCUGAUUGGUCCAAUGGUACAGACUUUCUUGAUCUGGACACUGAAGGACGCAAUUUACCUUAUUUACUGUCGAAUCUCGGUUACGACGUUUGGAUGACAAAUUCAAGAGGAAACCAGUUUGCUCGAAAUCACACUUCACUCAAUCCAGAUACAGAUAAAGCAUUUUGGCAGUUUUCCUUCGAUGAAAUGAUUACUUAUGAUACACCAGCAAUAAUUGAUUAUGUUUUGGAAAAAACUGGUUAUGAAAACCUCGCUUGGAUUGGUCAUUCGCAAGGUGCUAUGCAACUUUUCGGGCUAUUAUCCGAGAAACCGGAGUAUUCAGCAAAAGUCAAACCUUUUAUUUCUUUAGCACCAGUAACUCAUAUGGCUCACAUCACAAGUCCAGUUAGACUUAUAGCAAAGGUGCCUUUCCUUCAAAAGAUUGCCAAACUUUUGGGUGGAGAGCUUCGUCUUCCAACAACUUUGAUUGAUCUUUUUGCGGACAAAAUUUGCGAAGAAAAAUUGGUCAAAGAAAUGUGUGCUUCCAUCUUUUAUCUGUUUGGUGGUCAUUCGGAACAGUUCAAUACUACUCGCCUUCCCGUAUACAUAGCACAAGGUUUUUGGGCAUCUUCAUGGUGGAAUCUGGUUCAUUAUGGACAAGCUAUAAACAAUGACAGAUUUGCUAAGUUUGACUUCGGUUGGAUUGAAAAUUAUCAACGUUAUGGGUCACUUAAACCUGCGGAAUACAAAAUGAGUGCAAUCAAUUCUCAGGAUAUAUUUAUCCUUAGCGCAGUCAAUGAUCCUCUAGCCAAUCGACAAGAUAUGGAAACACUAAGAAAGUCAUUGCAAGUGCCUUUUAUUGAAUUAACGAUUGAUGAUCCUAACUUUACUCAUUUGGAUUUCAUGUGGGCCGAAAACGUUUACCAAAAAGCAUAUAAACCGGUAACUGAAUUUUUGCGAAAAUAUGAUUCAUACAAAACCACUACAUAGAUAAAUAACGUUACAAUGAAAAGAUCAGUUGAUCAUAACUGCUGCUGUUGAUCAGCUUAUUUCUGCAGAUUAAUUAAACUCAAUUUCAAUAUUUCA